CGCUGUAUACGAAGCUACUGACAUGCCGCUCUAAAGUAGAUGUUGCGACUGCUGUGUACGACAGUAUAUCACUGUAAAUGACUGUAUAUCACUGUAUAUAACGAUAUAUGACAGUAUAUACGUGUAAAUGUCCGUAUAUGUGAGGCACAGGUGAUUUAUUUGACUGAACAAACUCCGGGGACUGUUGCUCUGUGGUUACAGCUGCUGAAUGACAUUUGAAAACUGGACUAAAGCAAGCGGACGAGCCUCAUUUCGCACUGUUCAACAGCUAAGAUAUGACUUUAACGGGCAAAGAGUCAGCUGUGCUUCAGGGAGCUUUCCUCCUGGCUAACACACUGAGUCUGCCCUCAUCACUGUCCUCUCUUCAAAAGGCUGACUGGAGCAGGGUGGGACAUCCAGUCGUGGAAGCAGUCAGAGAAAUCUGUGGGCAGGACGAAUGCAGCAGUCAUUCCAGCCUCUGUAAAAAGAAGAUAGUUUGUGUUGUGUGGUUAAAGCUGUUGUGUGGAAAGGAUGAAAAAGAUGUAGAUGCAUCAUGGAGGGAGAACCCUUUUUUCCCUCUCCAGAACUGCCUCCCUGACGUCAACUAUGUUGUCCUUUUGGAGCUAGUUAAAUCAGUGGCAUGUGCAAACGAAUUUGCCCAUUUGCUUCUGAGUCUCCCCCAAUCUCAGAUCUAUAUUGAACUUAAAAGGCUGGCGCAACAUGUGAAAAGCAGCCCUAUAAGAGAGGAGGAUGUGCGACUGUUUCUGGAGGUGUGGUGGGAACUGUGGAAGGCCAGAAAAGAACAGAAAUCAGGAGGAGAGGAAAGCACAGAGGCCAUGUUUGCCAAGGAGUUUGCUCGUCUGUCCUCUGAGUCCAUCAGUUUCUCUCAUCAGGCUGCUAAGAGAAUAAAGAUAGAAGCAGAAGAUCAGCUAGCAUCAUCGCCAAACACCGACGUCCUGCAGAUUCUGCUUCAUGCACUUAAAGACAUAAAAGACCACAUAGUCUCUACAGAUGUCUGCCUCAGUGCUCUUUCUAUCUGCCUUGAUUCUCUUUACACAGCUUUGCUGAUAGACCAAGAGGUCAUAAUUCCAACCAAAGAGAAGAUGCACUUGCUGUCUAAAGCUGUCAGCAUCAGAGAAAAGAAUGAUGAGAAACUGAGCCCUGAACUUAUUCAGGAUGUUCAGAGAGACUUCUGUGCCUCUCACACACCAUCUCAGUUUCAGUGCAACAAGAUGAACCUUGGAGAAGCUUUGAAUAUUAUAACAGACCUCACUCAGUUCUGGCUGAACAGCGGCCUCCUGAAACUGGGUGAUGAUGCAAAUUUGAGUUACUCUGCGUUUAGAUUAGAACAAAGUGUCCGGAGAAUGCUAGAGGAAGCAGGCUUGUCUGAUACUACAACUGAAAUAGGUGAGAUGGAUAAACUCCGAAGUUUGCUGAAGUCAUUGGCUUUCCCCACCAUACAGACGACAGCUGAGGCCGAUGCAAAGCUUUCUAUGACCAUCAUUAGUCACCGCCUGAAAGACUAUCGGAAGUUUGCCGUGUUGUUUGCCAGUGAGAAGAGCUGGGCUUCCUGUGAUGAGCACUGGUUGGACUGCCUGGAAAAGAACCAAGCAGCUUUCCAGCAGCACGAUACACUGAUCCGCCUCGCCUCCACCCUCAUGAGUAAACUCCACGAGAGCUCAACUGUGAGCCAGUGCAGGAAACUGAUGAAAGUCACUGCAGACAUUUUCUCAGCACUGUCUUUAGAAGACAAGAACAAGUCGUUGGCAGCCAUGUUGUGUUUGUCUCCCAGAGGGUUUUUUGGCCACGCCGUUCCCUCUGCUGUCACUGAAGGGUUUGAGCAGGAGCUCAACAUGGCCUUCAACUGCAUCAUCCAAGGAGGAGGAGGAGCGUCACCUGCAGCGUCGCAGGGAAAUCUGAAUACAGCUGCCUCUUUGGUCGCCAGAGUGGCCUUUCAGAAUCCACAAGCCACUUUGAGGUCUUGUUGUCAUUCAGCUAUUUUCAACAAGGGGGCGUUCUCUCUGAUGGCCAAGAUCCUCCAGCUGCUGCCUGGACUCGGAGGACAGAGAGGAGGAAAAGAUGGAAGUCUCAAGCAAAAUAUGGAGAAAUCAAAGAAUCGUAGCAGUCUAGUGUGCAGGUGUCUGCAGGAGACCAUCAAGAACAAAUCAUUGUCGGAAGGUGAAAUAGAGCAGUUCCUCAAGUUUGUUGGUCUGCUGAUGAUGCCAGUGGAGGGAGAAGGAAGAUGCUUCCUGCCACCUCAGGAGGUCGUCAACUUCUUUGUGCUGCCGAACCUCUCCACUGUGGGUGACGGUUUGUUUGACAAAGACGUGAGUGUGAAACUUCUCCACACUGCUCUUUGCGUGGACGUCCAGGAUCAGGUGUCUUCUCCUCACUGGGUGUUGAACUGCUCUCCCUUUCCCCUUCUUUACGUGCUCGCCCAGCUACACGACCAGGCCCUUGGUUUUUGGGAUCAGACAACAGAGGGUGCUGUCCACCAUUUGUCCAUGGAAAACAAGGAGCUGCUGGAGUCGGUGCUGUCCAUUCUGGGGCAGGUGGUUGGUGCAGAGGUGGCAGCAGCUCCGGACUCUUGGUCCAGAGCUCUUUUCUGGCUCUACAACAAGAUGGAAGGACUGGAUUGGACAGUUAGGUUCCACCUGAAGCCCGUGUGGGGAGAACACUUUAAAAAUGAGGUUCCCUCGUCACUGCUGACUGUGUCUGAUCUUCCCGAGCAGGAGUGGACAGGCUUGGACCUGCCUCAGUACAGCCAGGGCACCGGCCUUUUGGCCUGGAUGGAGUGCUGCUCUAUAUCGGACUCCCUGAGAAGCACCAUGUUGUCCUGCCUCUCUCUGGACCAGCGCCGGCUCGACCAUGUCGGCAUGUUUAGCAAAGGCCUACUAGUGGCGCUGACCCAGACUCUGCCCUGGUGCUCCGUGUCCCAGUGGUCCAGGCUGCUGGGGAUGCUGAGGGAGCUGAUCACCUCUGGGCGCCUCCAUGUCCCCUUCUCACUGGAGUACGUGGAUUAUCUGCCCCUCCUGGACCUGAGGAGGUUUUCGUGUGAGCUCCGCCUGUCAGUGCUCCUGCUGAGAGUCCUGCAGCUGCUCUGUGGGUCCAGCUGCUCACACUGGCUCUCAGCGGAGGGCUGGGCACAUGUUGGCAGGUUGUACGCUCAUGCUGUGAGGGACGUGCUGAGCUCGGUAAGAGCCAAGCUGCCUCUCCCCUCAGCUGGAGCGCGGAUGGUCUCUGUUUCAACAGACGCUAAAAUUCCCUGCGUUUCAGUCAAAGCUACGACGGUGAGUGAAGACUCUGUGAUGGAAGCAGACAACAACAAAGAGUCACACAUGGAAGAGGAGGAGAAGACACUUCCCAGCCAGGAAGUCCUUUUUGUUCUCAGCCAGCUCUUCUGCCACGUCCAGCACAUCCAGGUGAUGAUGCCAGGUGGCCAGUGUGAAUCCCUCUUUCUGUCCAGUUUGGAGAUCCUCAGCCAUUACAAAGCCAUCAUGGCUGCCUUCCCCGACAGCAGCAACGUGCUGGAGAGCGACAACACACGACACUUCUUCUCCACCAUCACAGACAACCUGGAAAACAAGGAGAUGAAGGCUGUGCUGCAGCAGAAGAUCGCUCAGCUCAUGACGGCCGAUGCACACUGAUUUCUUUUUUUUUUCUUCACUGGGAAUCAGAGUUCAGAUGCGUACACGGCGCACUCUGUAUUUGCUUUAGUUUGUUACUAAGGUAAGGAUGUCCUUUCUGUUGAUCUCACUGGGCUCAGAUAAUGGAGUUACUGCAAAGUCUUGUGUUUGGAAUCUGAAUGAAUAAAAAGACAACAUUUCACAGCAAA